AUGCCGACCGGAAUACAUGAGCUCUUCAUCGAUGGAGUGGAAGACGCGAUCCGAAGUCAGCUGAAGGUGAUACGCAGCGGAUCCGGCAAAGAAGCCCGCUUUGCGCGAAAAGUACGGCCGGCCCGAUCGACCGAGAUAGAGUUUCCUGUUGAAAACGCCUCGUCUAGCAGGAAGUCAAGAUAUGAACCAGACGCUUCGUUCUGGCAUGACGAUGCAGAAUACCCAGGGGUUAUCAUAGAAGUUGCAUAUUCGCAGAAGAGAAAGCGGCUGGCCCGGCUAGCCGAAGACUACCUUCUAGACUCGGACGCAAAUGUACGAGCUGUUGUCGGCCUAGAUAUUGAAUACAGCAAGAACGAGUCGCGCAAAGCGACGUUGUCAGUGUGGCGAACCCAGGUAUUCCAAACCACCGAUGGAGACGAGUUACGAGUUGUUCAAGAGGUCGCAGACGAGCCGUUCCGUGAUGAUCAAGGAAACCCUACCGAUCAUCUAGGCAUGCAGCUCCACCUUAGCGAUUUUGCCCACAAAGGACUAGUGCAAGAUGAGGUUGGAGACUAG